AUGACAUACAUUGCGACAAGUUGGGGGAUCUGCUGUUACGAACUGCUGAACAAAAGUCGUUCGAUUCCCCGGCCCUCUGCUCGGGCGCUUGGUGAUAGCGGACGUGGUGGGUGUCAUCUCGCUGGUGCCGGCGUCACCAUUGAACUGGAUGUUGUUUACGCCUCGGUACCCCGGUGA